AUGCUUACGACAAUGCAAGUCACAAGUCACUGCCACCCACUGGUGGCGGCGUGGCCUGCUGCCCUCACUGUGUCUCUUCACACACGCACAUACAAUCCGGCACCAGGCACGCUGUCCCCUAGCUGUCAGGCUCACUGGGAGGGUGGAACCAGGCCCAGCAGUCAGCCCAUAUUGGGUCCCCUGAGUUGCCCCGUCAGACUCAGUCCCUCACCAAAUCCCCCCUCCCCCCCCUGCCAACCACUUGCCACCAACCCCGGUGUGUCAGACACAAUCCCACGUGGAUGCAGCCUCAUCCCACACAGCCUGCUCACGCUGGAGGAAGGCCGGUGGGCACUGGCCUUUCCCAUAAAGCGCGUGGGAGGAGAUGCCACGAGGCCCCUCAGGGCAUUGCACCCCCCAGCCUGCUUCCCUCCUCUCUGA